UCCGCCUCCGAGGGGAUGCUGUCGGUUGUGUGAAAUGAGUCUGAAAAUCUUUUGUGAAGAUGGUGAAUGUUUUGAAAGGAAUACUUAUAGAAUGUGACCCAGCCAUGAAGCAGUUUCUGCUGUACUUGGAUGAAUCAAAUGCCCUGGGAAAGAAGUUCAUCAUACAAGACUUGGAUGAAACACAUGUCUUUGUGUUGGCUGAGAUGGUUUACUUCCUGCAGGAGAAAGUGGGAGAGUUAAUGGACCAGAAUUCUUUUGACAUUACACAAAAAUAGAAAAUGGGACUGGAAUUGUCUGUCAAACUACAAUC